AUUUGCAGAGCGGUAACGAUACGAAGCACAUUUAGCGGGCUUUCUUCUAUUACAGAAGUGCAAAUUAAUACUUCACAUAGUAGCAGAGAUGUAGCCGAAUACGUAGCGGCCGACUAGUGCGGUACACAUAAUAUAUGUAACCUCAGAUUAUAGAUGUAAUCAUAGCAAACGUUGAGUUUUCAAUUAAAUUUUAGCAUAGCGAUUAGCACGCUUUAUGAUAUAGUAUCUAUGUAUAUAUUUUAAUAAAAUCGCAUUGUACACUUAAAUUUUUGCGCAAAUUCAGCAUUGUUAUCGAGUUUCGAAAUGGGUCACCUCUUGAGAAGCGCCUACAUCAUCGGUGUUGGAGGGAAGGACGACGAAGGGAUGUCUCUCGACGAAGGCAGACAGUCCCAGCGGCCAUACCGCUACGGCAUGGUGCUGCUGUGCGCGGGCGCACUUAUCAACUGGCUGGGGCUGGCUGAGGACUACGCAGAGCCGGUGCGCUAUGUAGGUGUGGCUUGCAUCGUUGCCGGCGCAUUGCUUAUCUGUGCUGCAAUGUGCUGCUGGCUGCAGUCGCCCGCGCGUCAACCACACAACGAUCGCGCUUCGCCUGACACUCACCAGAUUGACGAUCCCAUCCACGUGAUUUCGAUGCCGGACGAAGAAACAAUGCAGCAAAAACCGCCCGAUUACGAAACAGUGGCGGGAGCGCCGCCAACUUAUGACGAUGCUAUUAAGCUAAAUCCGGCGAGGUUGCUUCCCGCCACAAGCAGCACGCGUCUAGAACCCUCCACAGCGUCAUCCGAGUCACCCAUUAUCCCUGGACAAUUGGAUGAAGCCUCCGUUCAUACAACGAAUAUCGCUCCCGUACACAUCCCACUAAAUCAUCCUCAAGCCCAAGUGCCUAAAACCCCACCUCCACCAUAUAGGCCAACGCAUGCUAUCAGAUGAAAACUAGGCUCAACAACUGUGUUAGUACUUUAAAUCGACUGCUGUUUCAUGUAGUGAGACUUGUAAAUAAUCAUUAAGCAUAUUUUUGUAUAAGUACAGUCUCAACGAGUGCGUACAUAUCCAUUGUUGUAAUAUUACGGUAUUAUUAUAUGUACGUCAAGCAUAUCACACAUGAAACUUUAAAUAUUAAUUUAGGCUGUCAAACUUUGGAGUGACGCGUAGGUACUUAUGUGAUAUUUAAUUGUUAUAACUUAAUACUACGUUACCUAAUAUAGUUUUACUGUAUAUAAUAUUAAAAAAGAAGUUUUUAAAUGAAACAUGAAAAAUUAAAAAGUUACAUAUUUCAGUUACAGGAACAUAAUAUGCGUAGGCAAAGCAAUGAUUUAUAAACAUGUGCCUAUGUAAAGAAUUAAAGAAACCUUUAAAACACAACAUUAUUUAGUUAACUACUAAUAAACCACUGUAUGGUAUUGUGCCAUUUAUUGGAACAUAUAAAAUUAUUCGAACAAAAUGUGGCUAACAACUCUAUAUCAUGGAUAGCAUUUAUUAGAAUACAUAUUAUGUUGCUUGAGUAGGUAUUGCUCAUUUUAAAUAAUAAUUAUGACUUUAAAUUUUUGAGCUAUCUGUCAUCAUGUUGGUCACAAGCUUCUUAACCUAGCUUAAUACAUUUCCUAUUUUCUAUUAAAUUUCUUUAGUUUCAUAAUAAUGAUUGGAAAUGUUUUAAUACAAUAACGAAAAUUAAUUGUUUUUAUGGAGACCAAACUACUAAUGCAAUGUUCAACCAUUAUUUCUGUGAGCUCUAUUUAAUUCACAUUGUAUUUAAGUACAUACAUAGAUGUAUUAAUUAGUAGUUAUGAAUAUACUAACCCGUUUCAAAGUUAUUCUAGUCCUAGAACUCAAGUUAACGACUACAAUUCUUUACAUUUAGUCACCAACAUCCAUAGAUAUUUAUUAUUUGUAUACAUCAUUAUUGCACAACAUAUAUGAAGUAUGAUGCUUUAAAAAUCCAUGGUCUUAACAUAUACCACACCACUGUAUCACUCUAAUCUUAUUAUAAAGACGACAAAUGUAUUUGAUGCAGCAUGCUAAAACAAUACAGGCUGGGAAAGAUUGAAAGAUAUUCCAAAUUGCAGUUCGCAAUAUAAGUGAUAAUAUAUUUCCACUAAAAUGAACAUUUUAAAAGUACGUUAACAUAAAUUUAUGUAUGCUGUUGCAUUGUUUAGCUUCUUAUUUUUCUACGCGUGAAAUCAUUUAGUUAAACAAAACAACAUUCACCAUAAAAGUAAUAUUAUAUUAUCUUAAUUGACUCAUUUAAAAAAACAACAUGCAAAUUGCAGUUGCUCUUAAGUAACAAAAAGCUGCAAUGUACAGUUGCAUAGGGGUAACGAGUAUUCAUUAUGUGAUUUGUUUUGCCAAUUAUUUCUCAUUAUUUCUUACCUAUUUUUAAGAAUAUACGUAGGUAUAGCAUUCUCAUUGAAUACCAAAGUUUAACAACUAACGUUCAAAAUUUCUACUCUUUCAACUUCAGCCAUUUCAUUGGUUUUGGCCAAACACAUUGCAAUAAAAAUCAAAGGAUAUAUUUGUUAUAUUUUAAUUUUAAUGUAAUAUUUAAUUUCAUUUUCAGUGAGCUUAUAAUAAACUGGGACCAAUUUCUAAUAUUAUACACUAAUUUAACUGUAACAGAAAUUUAAAAAGUUGUGGUUUUUAAUGAAUAUCUCGACCUUCGUGCUUUCGAGUUUUUGAGUUAAAUUUUACAAUGCUGAAGUUGUGCAUUUAUUAUUCGUACAUUAUGCAAAGUUGCGAAACUUAAGUGUACAUACAAAAUAAAUGUUGUUACAAUGAUAUGAUGUUUUAUUUCUUUAUCCAAAAAUAUGAAAAGCUUAUCUCUUAACUCUGCGUGCUGUGGAGCCAACUAUGCAGCUCUACAUCUCCCGUUUGGACAAAAGUACGUCGGGAGAAGACGUCCUGCGUUUCGUGGAAGAACGAAGCCGAUGCCGCAUUGAGGAUCCGAUCUCUUUACAUUUGCAGCGUCUGGAGUCUAAUAGGUCAACGAACUUCAAAUCCUACGUACUCCAGGUUCCUGCAAAACACAAAGAGACAUUCCUCGCUCCCGAUUUCUGUCCUUCUGGGGUAGUGUUGCGCCGAUACAGGGACGCGCUCAAGAAAAAAGUUCCUUAAAUAGUGUUACGUCUAUAUUUUAUAUAUAUUUUUAGGUUAAGGUAUAUAUUGCUAAGGGUCAAUGUUCUUAAUUUUUAAGUCCUUGAUGCCUGAAAUAAAGUUAUUAUAUUAUAUUGUAUUAUCUCCCAGUAGGAUAUAAUAUCUUACGGCGAAUCGGGAUUCGUUACAACAUUACAUUGGUGAAAUUAAUUCAGAGAAAAAUCAACAUGUACUGUCAGAAACAAGUGACAGUGAAAUUAUUCUCAAUUAUAUUCUCUACGAGAGCAGAAGCUUAAUAAUUGUAUAAAUCUUAACAUCAGCUGGAAAUGAAGCAGUGUCCAUUACUCUGGUGUAAUAAAAGCAUACUAAAUACUAAUUAACAUAGGAUUUCCGUUUACGAACCCUUUAUUUUUUUAAUCUACCUAUUUAAUACAUCUUGUACACACAAAGAUGUAAAUUAGUAGGUAUUACCACUCCGUAGCACCGCCCAAAAUUUCGACGGAAUCAAAGGCGAUUUCAUAGUCCAGGCCACCAAGGAGGAUGGAACUGAACAGCUUCUAAAGGACUUUAAAUAUCGGUUUUUCAUCCAACAUCCAUGAACUUGGACAAAAUAAAGACUUUUAUUUCAUUCAUUCUAGACUUAUAUUUCAUUAAUUCAUUCAAGAGUAUAUUGAAAUAAGAGUAAUGAUGAUAAACCUUCCAAGGAAACUCAAAAGAAAGAUAAGAGAGCAUUUGAAUAUGAGUGUUGAAGACACUAAUAAUAAAACAAGCAAGCUAAGUAGUAGUUCCAACACAUGCAGAUCAAGCUGCGAUAUCUCCAGUAAAAAAGAAGGCAAUCGUAGACAUAAUUAAUCCGAAGAAAAGUUAUGUUAUGUUUUUAGUUUUUAAAAUUUGGUUUUUACACGAUUUUAACAUUAUUUUAAUUUUUUUUUCGAUAAAUUGUGUCCUUACAUAAUGAUUAUGUGUGUGAGUACAAUAAAAUAAAUGAUUAUAAAU